CGCGUAGCGCACGCUGAUUCAGAGUUCGAGAGCAGGCUGUAUAUAAACGCCGUUAAGAGAAGCUUCAUCACAGUGAACAGUGGUAUCUCGAAAAGACAGCAACUGCACCAAGUUCGCAAGCUUUGAUCCAUUUUAGAUCCGACCCUAUCCGCCCAGAUUCAAAAUGAGAAUUUCCUGGAUCCUCUUCGGUGCGCUUUUGUUUGUUGCCCUUGUUGGCGGCGCCAAGGCUGGUCCAGUCGAACUUGACGAAAACAACAAUGACCAGCCUGCUGGCUCCAAGACAUGGACUGCACUUAAAAACUUCUUCCGGCCAGUAACAAACUAUUUCAAGGGACUGCCACAGAAGACUCCUUCAGAUGUUGCAACAGAUGUCAAAGAAACGGUGACUGAUGUGAAAGUAUGGGCCCAAGAAAACCAGGCUAUCCAGACACUUAUGCAGUCCCUGGUACCCGUCAAGAACUGGCUGAAGGAAAAGGCCGACGUUCUCCAGGACAAAACUUUCAAAGAAAUGUACGAUGACGUCAAGACUCGUGUAGUGGCUCUUGAUGAUCACAUCGGUCAGUGGAUCCAAGAGAGAAAUCAGAAGCUUGAGCAACAGAGAGGCCUUUAAGUUCAAAAUUUGAGAGUGAGGAUGACUUUUUUUCGAAUGUCACUCCUUCAAUAACAAAUGAUAAGGCGAGGGAUUAUUUUACCUGGCUCUUAUAUUGUUGUGAGCAGGCAAUCACAACUUUUAAGUCUGUAAAUAUUAUAAAUGGAUUCAUAUAUUUAUAUUUUUCAAAUCUUAUGUCUAAUGAUAGGCACAUUCCGGCCGGUGUAGGCCUAUUUUAACUACUCAAUAUUACUUGACAACAAUCCUUCAUUCAAGUUACUAUAAAAUUGUAUACCUUUGUGCAUACAUCUCCUACUGAUCACAUUCAGCUUUCCAUGACAAAUUUUGUACGUCUGCUCCCCCUCUCCCCUCUUUUUCCCAAAGCCUACGGCUAGGCCAAAGAUCUUCACUGUAAAUAUGAUGUUAAUUUAAUUUGUUGAAUAAAACAUGGACAUUU